AUUUGCAUUAUGUACCUUAGUUACAUGUAUAAAGUUUUACUAUGAACUACUAGGUAGGAAAGCUGUAGCCAUUUAACUAACUAAUAAUAGUUGUUCAUAACUAUGAUUCUCCGCUAUCCUAAAAAUUUAGGUAAAUACAUAGCCUUACCUAGUAGCUACAUACAUAUGUAGUACAACAUACAAUAAGCAUAUGCACGUCGAACGAACUCGAAAUUUAUUUUCUUUUCAUCAAUGUUGAUUUUGCUCUGUAUUGAUUGAACCUUUUCUCUAUCUAUCUACAACAACAUCAGCCUUAACCAACCAUCUUUGCGACCUGGUAUAUUUACUUCAAAAUCAUCCAUCUACAUUCUCAGACAGAUUUCACAUCCGUCAGAGAAGUCGCUCUUUUCCCCUUUUCUACUCGGCCUUUCAAUGAAGCCGCGGUAGUAUUUGUAGAGCUCUAGAGAUAGUGAGAGGAUCUCUAGAAGCCACCUCCUUCGAUAAAUUGACCCAUCCUAUCGAACUACCUUUUUUAUAUCGCCGCGCCACCAUACAAGUCAUAUAGCAAUCACAAGAUACCCAUACUCAGCCAUGUUAGUGACUAAAAAUGUUGCAGAACUUUGCGUUCUGCUAAUUAGUGAGCUCUAUGGCCAACUCCCGUCGCGCAUCUUCGCAGACCUUCUAGGACGUGGGAGAUCGACCGUUGUGCAAGUAGCGCAACAUAUCUCUUUAAACCCGCGACAAGUGCGUCAUGGGGUUGCUGUACUUAUCCAGUUGAAUCUCAUCUUCCACCAAACAGACCAGGACUCAGGUGUGACAUAUUACGAUGCAAACCCCUACGCCGCCUAUAGCCUUGUCCGAAUUGGAAAGGUACUUGAUAUGAUUCGCACCAAGUACGGAAGCACUGCCCAUACUCUAGUACACGAAGUCCUCGUCCAAGGCCAUGCCAAGAUUGAAGACCUUGUCCAGUUCUUUCAGGGCCAGAAUAACACUCAGCCAGAACUUACCAAUGGCACAUCCCAAAAUGGUCAUGAUCAUAGCCAUGUCAAUGGAAACAGCACCAGCAAUGGUACCAGCAAUGGCACUAGUAAUGGUACCAGCAAUGGUACCAGUAAUGGCGCCAGCAAUGGUGUAGUCAACUUGGAGAUGAUGGAUGAAGAUCUUGAUCAGGAGCAAGAAGCCUACGAUAGUCUUGCGCAUCUUAUUGCUAUCGGCAUUCUUGAACCGGUCACUCCAACAAAGUAUCAGUCUCCACAGGAUUUAAAGAGCACAAUAGAACAAAAGGUCAUGACGGAGCAUUAUCCUACGGGUCUUCGGGGAUCUAAGCAAACUUCUGAGUUCGAAAAGAUGGUCAAAGAAGAACUGAGGAGAUCUUACAGCCAAGGCACCGAACUAAAGACGAGACUCAAUCUUGAGAUUUUGGCCAACCCUAUUUCUAAGCGAAGGAAGUUAAAUAACGGUACAACAUAUCAUACACUUGUCAGCGAAAAGGCCAGAUCGUUCCUACUACACGAAUAUGACACGGUCCUCAGAGUGAAUUAUGAAAAAUGUACAGUUGAACUUCGUAAUCUUAAGCUGGAACGUUACGCUGAAGACUUAAUUGGGGACACUACCGCACGUGUGUAUGCGACACUACUUGCCGUAUUAAGUAAAAAGAUAUCUCGCUGUCAGGUUGAUGGAUCCAUCGAAGCCGAAGACGAAGACGAAGACCACGAGUCCUCUACAGGACCUAUCGUCACUUCUCGGGAAGUAUUUGAGAAUCUUGAUCCAGCUAUCUGCCUGUCAACUGGGAUUGGGAUGCCUCACGAGGAGGGGGCCGUGGAUAUUCGGUUUGCCGAGAAGAUUCGAAGAUACCCCCCCCAGCUUAAGGGCUCGACGCUCAGAGACAUGCUAGAGGAAGGGGAAGAGCUCAUAGAAUCUGAUGAUGAGGACUACGACCAGAGUGCAGAGGCAGCCGCAAACUUUGGACAGAAUGGCUCAAAUGGGCUCGAAACCGACGAGGACGACAACGUUCCAAUAGGCACACAACGGUUGCAUCAAAUGCGACAACAUCUAUUGAUUCUUGCAGAGAGUCGGCAGGGCUUUGUACGCCAUUGCGGUGGACACGACUUUGGCGAGUGGACAGUUGAUUUCGAACCGCUCAUGCAACAUCUUAAAUACCUGGAGCUUGAUACGCUGAUCGAGAACCGCUUUGGCCGUCAGGGUUUACGCCUCACCCGAAUCCUCCGAGAGAAGGGCAAGAUCGAUGACAAGACAUUGCCUACCCUAGCCCUCAUGAAGAAGCCAGACGUGCAUGUCAAAAUGGCAGAAAUGGAGAUGGCGGGAUUUCUUGACGUACAGGAGGUUCCCCGGGAUAACAACCGCUUGGCGGCUCGAACGAUCUUCUUCUGGUUCUUCGACCUAGAGAGAACUCUGCAACGAACUUUAGACAACACCUACAAGUCAAUGGUACGCUGCUUUCAGCGACUAGACGUUGAGCGUCGCAAGAAGAAGGAGGUGCUCUUGGCCGUUGGACGCACGGACGUGCGAGGAUUGGAAGAAGAGAGGUUACGGGGCGACCAGUAUAAUGAAUACGUUGGAUUCCUCGAUAUUGAGAAGAAGCUACUCGGUCAAGUCGCGCGACUUGAUGAUAUCGUUGCUAUAUUCCGAGACUUCUAAGACUGGUUGUCACGUUUGAUACCAUUAAUUCAAGGAUAAAAUACCUAGGUUAGGUAGUUUUGCAUUGCACGGUGGCGUU